GUGGUCUUGAUCAAAAUGGAUGUACCAACUCCGCCCCUCCUAGGUUCUCAGCAAGCCGUGACACGGACCUCGGCCGACCUCGAUAUGUCGAAGAAAGAGGAUGUGUGCCAAUCAUGUGGAAAUUUCGACGGCCGCCACUAGGACCGAAAUUCCUAUGGCUAGGUCUAUCGCUAUGUUACCAUUGCUGAGAUGCAGGCUGCGUCAUCCACCUGCCUCGCGUGUAAAGCGCUCUUCAGUUACUUCAAGCUCCGCUUCCUAGUUGCCGACAGCCAGAUUCUCUACAACACUAUGGGCACGGCGCUGAUUCUCCAGAUUUCAUCCAUUGGGACGACGGAGCUCUUUGAAUUAUUCCGCUCCAGCCCAGUCCUCACUAUGGCCCUCCCGGAGGGCCAGCUCUGGCCGCUUGUCAGGACAGCCCUGCCAUUGCGGCCGGAGUUUUCCCUCCCUGAUGCACGGUCGCGCAUUGCCUCGUGGCUGCACGAUUGCCAGUCGAACCACCCGAAUUGUGGGAGAGAUGCCCCGUCGGUCAUGCCCACGCGCGUCAUAGCCCACGCGCGUCAUAGCUAUUGGUCAGGACGGGGAUGAACCGUAUUUGUAUGAGACGUGCCCAGGCGCGACUGGCCGUUACGCUGCUUGAGCCAUUG